AUGGCCCAGCAGCAGGGCCGGGAGCUUGAGACUGAGUGCCCUGUCUGCUGGAACCCCUUCAACAACACGUUCCAUACCCCCAAAGUGCUGGACUGCUGUCACUCCUUCUGCCUGGAAUGCCUGGCCCACCUCAGCCUGGUGACUCCUGCCCGGCGCCACUUGCUGUGCCCACUCUGUCGCCAGCCCACUGUACUGGCCUCCGGGCAGCCCGUCACCGACUUGCCCACGGACACUGCCAUGCUUACCCUGCUCCACCUGGAGCCGCACCAUGUCAUCCUGGAAGGCCAUCAGCUCUGUCUCAAGGACCAGCCCAACAGCCGCUACUUACUGCGCCAGCCUCAGGUCUACACGCUGGACCUAGGCCCCGAGCCUGGGAGCCAGACUGGGCCUCCCCAGGACAUGUCCUCUGCCACUGUGCCUAUGCCCAUCCCCAUCCCCAGCCACUACUCUCUGAGGGAAUGUUUCCGCAACCCUCAGUUCCGGAUCUUUGCCUACCUGAUGGCUGUCAUCCUCAGUGUCAUUCUGUUGCUCAUCUUCUCCAUCUUUUGGACCAAGCAGUUCCUUUGGGGUGUGGUUUGAGCAUGCUGUUCCUGGAUAAGGAAGCUUUCUAUGGCGAGUUCUGGGUAUGGGGACCGCAGAGCAUCAUUUCAUGUUGUUUUCCUUUAUAGUAUUGUCCAUUUUACAAUCCAGGGAUCAGUUAGGCCAUGUGUUUGCUUCUGGGAACAGAGAGAGCCCUGCUAUGAUGAGAAGAAAAAAAAGAAAGCUGAAGGGCUGGGAGAUGCGGAGAGACCUCUGGGCAUGAACCGUGGGGUCAUGGAAGGGCAGAGAAGCAGUUCUGUGACUACAGAGCUACACAGCAAGUUGUGCCAAAGGACUGGACAAUGGUAUCCAGGAACCUGACUAGCCCAAAUAGCAAGCUGCAUUUCUCACCAAAGCUGCUUUGAACUCAGUUCACAUUUUUAGUUGCUCUUAUUAGUUGUUGCUAAAAAAUUUGGAAAAGUGAAUUUCAAUUCUGUGGGCAAAUAUGUUUGUCUUCCCUUUC